CCCUCACUAAUGCUCCUUCUCUCCCUAUUUUAUCUCGAAACAAGGCCAUUACUUGGCAAAUCUCUUCGUUGAAAUGUUAUUCCAUCUGCCGCACGCGUUAAAGUGUCUAAGAAGGCGGUUAUUGCCCAUCACACUUUUGAAAAAGUGCUUACUCGCAAGCCCGCCUUCAUGAAUCGGUUAGAAAGCAAGCUCAAGUAUCUUGGAUCAACCAUAAUACAAAGGGAAAGACACGGCCUAAAGCCAGACAACGCAUAUCGACCGAAACGAUUACCUCGAGGUCGCUCGACGAUGUGGCCGUCGUUAGUGGGUGGAAGUAGGCUUGCCGGGUAAGUCUAUCAACGCAUUUAUGCGUUUUACUUGCUGGAAAAUCUGACAGUAUGCACCUUAGACAAGGUCACCAUGUUGCAAUUGUCGUCGCUGCCGUAGCUGGCAGCAUCAGCCUAGGAGUUAUUGUUUUCGCUGUCG